ACCCCUAAUGACGUUUACCCAACAUGCAGCUUGGCUAUGAGAAGAUAAGUCAAGAUGGCGACUAAAAUAAUCAAAGAAAGUGCUCCUCCUUUUGAUUGUCCAACAUGGGCAGGCAAGCCGCCCCAAGGGCUUCAUCUAGACGUGAUGAAGGGAGACAAACUGAUGGAGAAACUGAUCAUCGAUGAGAAGAAGUACUACUUAUUUGGGAGGAACCCCGAUUGGUGUGACUUCACCAUCGACCAUCAGUCAUGCUCCCGUGUCCAUGCGGCCCUGGUCUACCACAAACACCUGAAAAGGGUCUUUCUCAUAGACCUCAACAGCACACACGGUACUUUCCUUGGACACAUCCGUCUGGAGGCACAUAAACCUCAGCAAGUUCCAAUAGAUUCUACAAUAUCUUUUGGGGCUUCAACAAGGACCUACACCAUCAGAGAGAAACCUCAAACCCAAGGCCCCGCUGGCACAGGAGACAGUAAGACAGGAGAGGAUGAGGAGCUGAAAGGACUGCUUGGGCUUCCAGAGGAAGAGACGGAGCUAGAGAAUUUGACAGAGUUUAACACGGCUCACAACAAGCGCAUCUCCCUACUGACCAUUGAGGAGGGUAAUCUGGAAAUCCAGAGGCCUAAGAGGAAACGCAGGAACUCCAGGGUUACCUUCAAUGAAGAGGACUCCAUCAUUAACCCAGAGGAUAUAGACCCCUCGGUGGGCCGGUUUAGAAACAUGAUACAGACUGCUGUCAUCCCCAUUAAGAAACGAAGAUCAGAGGGUCACAACACUCUGGGUCUUGAUGAAAUGACUUCAAAGCGCAUCCACGGCUACAGCUUGGGUGGUGGUCUCUAUGGGGACUUACCUCCCACCAGUCAUGAGAACCAGCCAACAGGAGCUCCAGGAGGUGCUUCAAUGCAGGGAGGGCUUCCUCUGCCCUUCCCUAAUCCAGCACCAGAGGUGGACCUGGCCCCAGAGGCUCCCCACCCCCCUGUCACUCUCAACCCUACCCCUGUCACAGCCCCCUACCUACCAGAGACCCACAAUGAGCCACGCAAAAAGAAGUAUGCCAAAGAAGCAUGGCCGGGCAAGAAACCCACCCCUUCACUACUCAUCUAACAGUUUUGUAAAUCUGCUGGGUCUCUGGUUGCCAGCAGACACAUCAGGGACUGUGACAUGGCAGCGGUGGAGUCAGUAACUUCUCAAUCUUCCUUUUAUUGUUUGUUGUGCUACUCAUCAUCACAAAAAGAACCAUACCAUUUCCUUGUGGUCGGUUACAAAAUAUCAUCUUCAUUACCAAGUCAGCAGUUGAUAAGUUGGCUAGAACAUGGCAGGCGACAACUAACCUAAUUUUACAAGACUUGGCAGUCAGCGUUUGGGCCUCAGUGUGGCAGUUAGAUGUGUGUUUGUGAGUGACAGGCUGCAUGGGGAUGAUGGUUCAUGAGUUAUGUUUUGGAUGUAAAGUUGGAUUUUUUUUUUUUACUACUAAAAAACGUUUCAACAUUUUUUUUCACUCCAGUGUUUUGAUAAUGCUGUUGAACAAAUGGCAAAAAGUACUUUUUUAUAUAAAAUAUUUUACUGUGAGAAGUCAGAUAAUCCAGACAGUAAGUACGUUUCUAUCAACACAGAGGGCUGCUUUUUGUUUUGAAAACCUAUUGAUAUAUGAAACUUUUCCGUUACAUGUAUUAGACCAAUCUAAUGUCAACUAAAAAAUUUUUUCUUUUCUUUCUUUUUUUUGGUCCAACAAGCCACUAGAUGGCGACUUGUGCAAAUGUUUUAGUGAGGUUUGGCUGAGUUGCUGGUCAUUGAUAUUGGCCUGUUGCGCUAAUCUUCACCUUGUCCAAAAUCUCUAUGUGGCAUCCUAUUAAGUGGUGUUGCAAGCUUCUUGUUGGAUAAAAGCCAUUUGCCCUGUCCAAACAGUAUGUUGAUCAUAUUUGUGUGUUGGCUUUUUCCGGUUUGAGUUUAAAAUGGUUUGUUUUUUUCCAGCAUCAGUAUGCGAUAAAUACAAGGAUAUCACAGUUUUCCUUGUUGGUCAUUGGACUAUUGUUAAGUAGUAACAGAAUAUAGCAGAAUUGAAACUGCAGCACAGUAAGAAAUACCAACUUUGCUGAAUAAAUAAAAAAAGGUAGUAAAACAGGUUUGUUUUAGUAUGUAUAAUGGCGUAAAUAUAUUUGACAUGCAACAGAGUAUAGUGCAGCUUAAACAAUACAAAACUUUUGCCCUUAACUGACUUAAGGCAUAGGAACUGUGCAAGAAGUCUUUGCACAGUAGGGAAAAAACAUUGUGAUAAUGUCAAACUGGUGAAACACUAUAUAAUUAGUUUUUUCACAGGGCUGGGUAUUUUUUUAAAGAAUUACGAUAUCAGUACCAAUACCAGUACCCGAUUACUGAUACCAAGAGAGAACUUAAAUUUAUACCAUUUUUUUUUUCUGUACUUCAUUCGAUCAUGUAAAUGUACACAUGCAGUUGCAGAAAAUACCAUUGCCACUCCCCGUCCUGGUGAUUUUUACACAAAUACGUUUUAUAAUUGUUGAAAUGCACACAACUUCACCCGCCACACACUGUAUGUGUUGAGGCUGGCUUCGAACAAAUCCAUACUUCAAAAAAAUAAUUUUGUAUAGAUCUGGGUAUGAAAAGGAUCAAAGGCAGGUAUCGUUUGACUGGAGAUGUUCGGAUACUUCUUGGUACUGGGAUACCUUAAAGGUAUCAAGUAUUGAUACCCAGCCCUCUCUGUACAAAAUUUACUGAAAGUGUAAACGUCCCAUGAAAUGGCAUUCUUACUUUUUGGGGGCAUUUAGCUUUUAUUCAAAGAUGGACCAAAGGCAGAGUUGAAGGGGGAGAAAGAGUGACCUGCAAUGAAAGUCCUCAAACGUAAUCAGACCCAAGACAUUGUGGUCACAGUAUAUGGUAUGCAUCCUAACCACAAGGCUGCCUAGACACCUCUUUGUAUUCCUCUUUUUGAAAGAGGUCAUUGUGGGGACAUUAGACCGUAAGCUAUCAAUCUUACUGUAAACAAAGGGUCUAGUAGUUAUGGUAAGAAAGGUAGGUGUAAUUGGAUUAAACAUGCAGAAAGACCACAUGGCCUAAAUGGUUGGACUUUUUAAGUUCUCCUUUGGUACAGCGUGAGGCCACCACUAAAGAUGUACUGAUUUUGUUUUUGUUUUUUUAUUAAGUUCAAGCGGCCCUUUCAUGGGAUCUUAUAAGUGAAAGGUUGGACGAAGUGUUUCACUUUUACAAACUGUGCUAGUGGCUUUUUGUCCUUGUGGGGGUGUGGAUUUUGUAAUCAUAGGACUGUAAAUAAAAAUGAAUUACUUUUGACU